AUGGCUGGGUUUUCCAUUGAUCUAGACCAUUGCCUGGAGAAGCUUUAUCGGGGAGAGCUUUUGUCCGAGCCGGUUAUAGACCAACUGUGUUUCAAGCUGAAGGAACUGCUGGUGAAGGAAUCAAACAUAGUACACGUCCAGUCGCCAGUCACGCUAGUGGGAGACAUACAUGGACAGUUUUACGACUUAUUAGAGAUCUUCAAGAUUGGUGGAUACCCUCCGGACACAAACUACCUCUUUCUUGGCGAUUAUGUUGACCGAGGGUUCCAUUCUGUCGAGACAAUCAGCUUACUCAUAGUAUUGAAAUUAAAAUACCCCCAGAGGGUGAAUCUCAUCAGAGGAAACCACGAAUCGCGCCAGAUCACGACAAACUAUGGCUUUUACACUGAGUGUUUAACCAAGUACGGCAACCAGUCCCAGAUAUGGUCUAUUUUCACAGAUAUAUUCGACUACCUAAUUCUCGCCGCCAUUAUCGACAGCAAUCUAUUCUGUGUCCAUGGAGGACUAUCCCCAAAUGUCCAAACAAUAGAUUCAAUACUGGUCAUUGAUCGGUUCAAGGAGAUCCCUCAUGACGGGCCCAUGGCGGACCUUGUCUGGAGUGACCCAGAUCUAGAGCUUCUCAAUUUCCGCAUAUCUUCGCGAGGAGCAGGCUACCAGUUUGGAAUCAACGUCGUGAACAAAUUUUUGCAGGUCAACAAGUUUGAAAGCAUAUAUCGAGCCCAUCAACUGUGCCAGGAAGGAUACCAGGUGUUCUGGAAGGGAAAGGUCAACACCGUGUGGUCUGCUCCUAAUUAUUGCUAUAGAUGUGGGAACAAAGCCAGUAUCCUGGAAAUCUUCGACAGCUAUCGAGAGCCAGACAGUUUUCGGUUCAAUGUGUUUGAUGCGUCUCCUGAAAGCCAGAAAGAGUUUCUCAAGGUUGUCAAUUUGGGCGAGAUGGACGAGUCUGCGCAAGAUGACUUCUUGGCCCUUCCCGAAAACAAAAUCGCAAAAAAGGCUCCCUACGUGGAGUAUUUCAUGUAA